CGUGGAAUAUGAAGAAGGAAAACGGUGAAAAUUACAAAGAACUAGUUGUGAAGACAAUGUGGAACACCGUUGCAAAAAAAAUGCAAGAAAUGUAUUUUGUGAAGUGGAAAAUAAUUUUUGACCCAUUUAAAGACAUUAUCUUUAAGUCUAGUAGGGAAGCUCGUAAUGCGAAAAGAAGGAAUUUGCAGACGUGUGCAAAUAAAAGGAAGUGCAGCUCUGCUUCAUUGAAAUUGGAUGAGUAUUAUGCAAUGGUUUCAUUAUGGGAUGAAAACACUCCAGCAGGACUCCAACGGAAAUUUUACCAUAUCGCUUCAGUGGAACUUGCCUGGAGAGGUGGAGAAGCAGUAAACUGCAAAGUUCAUUAUUUUAAAGAGGAAGUGGAUAAUUCUGGGAUGAAAACAGGAAGAGUAGAAUAUAAUCCUCUCUUCAAUAAAACGGCACAGGGUGGAGAAAAAAAAAUGGCCGAAAGUAAAUGGCUGGUCCCUAACACGAAGAACCCAACCUUUUGUCCAGUCCGCCUAAUUAAAAUUCUGAUGGUUAAACGUUCAUCUAGAAUGACAACUGAUAGAUUAUUCUUAACGAUUAACCCAUCCUGGAACAAAGAACUUUCAAGUGGAUGGUAUAAAAACACUCCAGUGCGAAAAAAUGAACUUUCGAAAUGGACUAAAGAAGCAGCAGAGAAGGCAGGAUUGAAUACAAAAGGAAUAAAAAUAACAAACCACUCUAUACGGUCGACAGCAGUCAGUAACUUAGCUAAAGCAGGGGUAAAGGCUUUGCUUGAGUAA